AUGUUCUGGUGUAUACGUCUGUCCCUGGGACUCCUGUUCUUCCGUCUGGCUGCUGCUCAUGUCUUCUUAGACAGCCAAGUGGCCAAUCAAGUGCUGAAUCGAAGGAGACGAGCUAACAGCAUUUUUGAGGAGUUGAAACAAGGCAACAUGGAAAGAGAAUGUGUGGAGGAGCGCUGCAGCUGGGAAGAGGCGCGAGAGAUAUUUGAAGACAAAGAAAAAACCGAUGAAUUCUGGGCCAAGUAUGUUGAUGGAGAUGCGUGUAUAUCAUCACCCUGUGUUAAUGGCGGCCAAUGCAAAGAUGGAAUUGGCAGCUACGCCUGCUACUGCCAAGAAGGGUACAAGGGCUUCAACUGUGAAAUUGCUAUUCCUCUGCUCUGUGAGGACAGAAAUGGCGGUUGUGAACAUUUCUGCAAAGUGAUGCAGGGAAGAACUCAUUGCUCCUGUGCUGAUGGAUACUUCCUGGCAUCAGAUGACAAAUCCUGCCACUCCAACGAAACGUACAAAUGUGGGGCCAUCAUCAGCAAAGCCGUUCGGACUGUUUUCCGGUAUGAGAGGAAAAACACAACAGACGGGAACAUAACUAAGUUUAACAGCACCGGCAACAUAAACUUAACAACACAGCCUCAUGUCCAGGAUGCUGGUCCAAUGUCCUCAGUGACUGAGAACAAAAGCCAAAACGUGGCAGAUUAUCCUAAUUUGGAAAAGCUGAUUCAGUCUGAAAUGGCGUCAAUGAUGCGUAUUGUCAACGGGGAGGACUGUCCACCAGGACAAUGCCCAUGGCAGGCUCUUCUUGUGAAUGAAGAUAAUAUUGGGUUUUGUGGAGGAACAAUACUCAAUCAAUACAUCAUCCUGACUGCUGCCCACUGCAUGAACCAGUCGCGUUACUUCAACGUGAGGCUCGGUGAAUUUGACAGGUUGGUAAAUGAGGGUACUGAAGCCGACCAUACUGUGGACUCGAUUCUCACCCACAGAGGGUACAAGGCAGACACCUACCACAACGACAUUGCACUCAUCAAAUUAACCAAGCCCAUCAAGUUCAGCAGGUUCAUUGUGCCAGCCUGCAUCCCUGAGCAAGAAUUUGCUGAAAAGGUCCUGAUGCAGGACGGCAUGGAUGGCAUGGUCAGCGGUUUUGGACGUCUUGGCGAGGGUCGGGAGCCAUCCAGCAUCUUGCAGCGCCUAUCUGUACCUUAUGUGGACCGUCGAACCUGCAUCGAAUCCACUCCUUUACGUAUCUCGCAGCGGAUGUUUUGUGCUGGUUAUGACACAAUAGCCAAGGAUGCCUGCCAAGGUGACAGUGGCGGGCCUCAUGUCACACGUUACCGUGACACCUACUUUGUCACUGGCGUCGUGAGCUGGGGUGAAGGCUGUGCACGCAAGGGCAAGUAUGGUGUUUAUACCCAGGUGUCCAAGUACAUUCAAUGGAUCCGUGAUGGUAUGACGAUGCUGAUCCAAAAAAACAAGACCGGCAGCAGGAUGAAGAGGCACCAUGCCCAAAUAGCAAGGCUUUAUCUGUAA